GCGGCCAAGUUGUUGCACCAGACGGCGGUCGCAGAGGGCACGGUGGAGUUCGAUGUCGGGACUCUGGGCGACGAGCCUGAGCAGAUCAAGCAGAAGAAGAGGAAGCCGGGGGCUGCCAAGAGCCAGCCUAGCAAAAGCCGCAGAACCAGCAGCCCGUCCAGACGAAGCACGGGAGGUACAAGUGCAACCAAUGCCAGCAAGAGCCUCGGGGAGAGUGAGCAGGACAUGAAGACGCUCCGGAUCUCACUGCAAAGGAUCUGUCAGCGGCUGGGGCGGGUUCCACAGUGCUUCUUGUGCUUGAACGAAGGGGUCUUCCUGGAGCCAUGGGGCCGGUCCGUGGACCACGCCCGUAGAAUGCUGAACCAGAUGGAGAAGGAUUCAGACCGGAACCAACAUCUUCUCCGUCCACACGUCCUCGCAGCAGAAGCUGCCAUCUUGUUGAAGGACGGCAACCUGCGCAAGAUGAGCAAGACGACCCGGCUCACUCACGUGCAGGCCUUUGAGGGCGCAAAUUGGACACCGCCAGUAACGAUUUAUGUGCAGCACUGCGUUGCCGAGUUCGACACCCUCGACUACAUGGCGGCAACGGACAUCGACAAAGUCAUUGGCAUGCUCAUGCCGGUAGAGUUGGACCCCCAAGUGGCUGAAGGGGAUCAGGCUGAUGUGGCUUGGGAGUGGCAGAAGCCCACCUUCACCGCCUUGGUGGCCGCCGUUGCAGGCCGCUACGCGAGGGCUCGGCUCUUCGGUGACGCGGUGGACACCAAGGCUGAAGCUGAAGAGAUGGAGGCUUGA